AUGGUCACCGCGUCGUCCCUGCCAGCUGACGACGGUCGCGACGCAGAUGCUUCGAGGUCUAAAGAGCCAUCAGUGUCCACCUCACACAAUGGCACACCCGCACCGUGGGUGUUCGAUCAGCAGCCAGCGUCAUCGGAGAGGGGCUGCACGUUUUCACCACAGGGCGAGCUAUUGAUAGGUGGCUUGGGCAUUGACGGCCGGAACACGAGAACAGGAGAAUCUGGCUGGGCAUCACUAGCGCACACGCCUCGCCAUGCGCUCGGUGUGUGGGCCAAAGGAGACUGUAGACGAGGAGCGGACGGCGCCUCUGUGCCGUGCAAUGGCUCCAGCGCAGGCUUCACCACGUGUUCACCACGUCCUUCGUGUGUAGCUUCUAGCAUGGACCGCGCUGGGCCAUGCGGGUCGACUUCCUUGCUACCAGGUCGACCGUUCAGAGGUGCAUGGAAGCGCAUGCAGUCUGCUGCUCACCUGGGCAAGCAUCCGCCUGUGGACGAAGAGAGCCCCAGCGUCAGCGGCGAAGCAUCAUUCUCACCUUCGAAGCAUGCUUCAAGGCCAUCCGUCUUGGUGGAGGAUAUCGUAGAAGGCCGCACGUGUCAACCGAUUUCGCUGUGUAAGUUACUCAUAUUACGCAUUGCAGCUGCGACUGGUGAACCUCAUCGACUCACCCCUCGUCGCGCUCCUGCCGUCCAGCCGACUUUCGCAAGUUCUUGGUCCGUCGCCGCAGAGAGGAGGCGCAGUCGUCCGCUCCGCUCAGCUAUGAAGCGGAUUUCUCCAUGCUUGGUGGCGGGCUUGCGGAGGAGAAGAAGCACUCGACUUCCUCCGCGAUAGUGAGCCCUGACACGACCUUUGUCUUCGACGACUCCAUAGCAGGCAAAUCAAAUUCGACGCGGCGCACAACGCUUCCACCCUCAUCUUCGCAUGGCACGGAUGCCUCCUUCAGCAGUGCGAAAGAACCAGAGAUGACGAGCUACGAGAGACACUCUCUGGCCGGUCGGCACGUACACAGCAAGUCCACUGGUGACGCUCUCGACGCUCUGGACUUUGUUGUUGCCGUCGACCGCUACGCGACUACCUUUGCUAGGUUGAGCUCUAGUCAGCGUGAGCUCGCUCCAGCCUGUGAAGCAAGAACAUAUCCACCUUGUGGCAAUGCAGCGAGCGAGAAUGCGGAGGAGGCCCAGCGAAGGGCAUGUGCUCCAGAGGAUCAACCCCUUCGGAAGCGCUUGAAUCUCAUCACCUCCACGUACAUCGGGGGCAAACACAGCUCCACCUAUGAUGCCGCGCCCAAGCUGGCAUGGAUGCGCGACACGGGUUUGUUGUCCGAAGCGGCUCUUGCACAGGCGAUCGACUGCGCUUCACGCACAACUCAUCCCGAUGCCAUUCUACCUCUGGCUCGCGCAGUCCAGGCGCACUUGGAUUCGCACGUUCUUCCGGGCUUCCUGGACUCAGCUUCUCACAACCUUUCUCGCAACACCAAGUGGGGUCGGCUGGUCACUGGAAUUGCCUGCACCAUCGUCGCUUUGCUGCUGUCCAUCCUGCUGAUCAUCGAGCCCAGUCCUCUGUCGCCUCAUUACGCCACGGACAGGGAGAGAGCGCAUCUUUCGAGAUGGUGGCGCUUUCUUACGCUGCCGCUGUGGGCUGCAGGCAUCGGCUCCACCCUGGCAGCAUACACCGGUGUCUGCGUCUGGCUGAGCCUCCGAGGCAACCAUGAACCCGAGAAGGUCCUGACGGAGGAGGCCAAAGCGGAUCGACCAGCUCACAUCAUCGCUGCUAGCAUCAAUGGCGAUCACGAGAAGAGUCGUCAUGAGGAGGCGCCGGCGCAGGAGUGGGAGGAAGCAGAAGAGCACACCGCGACUCCGCAAGGUUGGCUUAUGGCACCCGAGCUCAAGGCGCUUCUUCUGCGGUGUGUCGGCCGCCAUCCUUCAAAAGCGUCAACCGACGCCGACAAGGUCAAGGCGAGGGCUUUGCUCCCUCGCGUAUCUUCCGACCUCGCCUCGUCAGGGCUGCCCACUGAGCCUUCCCCUAUCUAUCUGCCAGGCUCGCCCGAAGGUCCCACAGCCCCCCUGGCCGAGCCGCGUAGUCUUUCGAUGAUGGCGCGCUCCCCUUCCACGGAGCUUGGUUCGUCGCCAAUGGCACUUUCUCGGUCGUUCCGAUUACCCGGCACGCAAGUGUCUGUCGGAUUCCAAAAUGCGCGCACGGCUCUUGCAGCUCCUUCCUCUUUGCCUCCCACAUCCUCCAACAAUCGCAUCUCGACCUCGACUAUGGUGCAGAUGCCAGAGGACAAGCACCCUUCCACUGUGCCCGCCUUGCGAUCGUCGCCUAGCAACCCGAUGCAGAAGGCCGUCGCGGCGCUUCAACAGUGGACAGGUUUUGCGAUCAACACCAAACCGGUGCUUGACGAGAGGGUUAGAAAGAUUCAUCAGAGAGCCGCGAUCAAUGCGCUUGCGCUAUGCACCGCUUUGACGCUAGUCGCCAUCGUCAUCGUUCUCGCCCUUCCUUGA